UGUAUUGACGUGAAUACUACAUCGGGUGUAGUUAGGGGUCAGACACUCGUCGCACAAAAUAAAAGUAUUGACCAGUUUUUAAACAUACCAUACGCUGAGCCACCCGUCGGAGGCCUAAGGUUUGCAAAACCACUGCCAUUACAAACGCCUAUAAAAGAUAUAAUAGACGGCACAAAACCGGGAAACUCAUGUAUUCAACCGGACAGCGGUAGUGAUCUGACCACAAGUGAGGACUGUUUGGUACUAAACGUAUGGACACCUAAUUUGGGAAACAAUGACGAGUCACCGGAAGCACCGGCACUUAAACCAGUCAUGUUUUGGAUUCACGGCGGGGGACUGACUAUUAAAAGUAUUGACCAGUUUUUAAACAUACCAUACGCUGAGCCACCCGUCGGAGGCCUAAGGUUUGCAAAACCACUGCCAUUACAAACGCCUAUAAAAUUGCAUAUUGAUGAAUUAAUUAAUAUGCCUGAUAUAAUAGACGGUACAAAACCGGGAAACUCAUGUAUUCAACCGGACAGCGGUAGUGAUCUGACCACAAGAGCGUUUGGGUUCCUGUUUGGGGACCGGGAGGACGCGCCCGGAAAUGUCGGACUCUUUGAUCAAUCAUUAGCUCUAAAAUGGGUGAGGGAUAACAUACACGCAUUUGGUGGGGAUAGGGAUCAGAUCACUAUAUUUGGUGAGAGCGGUGGUAGUAGAUCGGUGUCCACCCAUAUUGUAUCGCCGGUUUCAAAGGGUCUGUUUAAGAGGGCUAUUAUGGAAAGUGGGGCCCAUUUGACUAAUAAGGACAGGGAUCUGAUUAAUACGACUGAAGCCCUUUCGGAGGCCAAACAAAUAGCAAAACAUGUGAAUUGUAGUGAAACUGAGGAUUGGUUGCAGUGUUUGCGAAAAGUGGACGCAAAGGAUAUCUUGAAAUUAGAAAAAUCUACAAACUUUCCGGUUGUGGGCACACAGUUUCUACCCAUACCUACCCACAAGGCAUUUGACGAACAUUUAUUAAAUUAUGACGACUUUCAAAAGUAUGUCAAACAAACGGAUGACAUCUUUCACGGAUUAGAUGUGGAAAAGGUGUCCGAGUUUUACCUGAAGGGUGUGAACACCAGUAGUCCGCUCGCUAUAUAUAAAGCUUUUAAUCGGUUUUUCGGUGAUUUAAUGACCAAUUGCCCCAAUUAUCUGUUUGCCAAGCACCUUGCACAAAUUGUCAAAAACAAACAUAACGUUUACUUUUAUGAGUGGACUUAUCAGAGUCAGUACUUUGCCAAACUAAGUGGAUGCGAUGAGGCUACCAUGGGCAUUUGUCAUGGCGCAGACAUACCCUAUAUAUUUGGUAUACCGUUUCAAAUUCCUAAGCAAGCACAUUUGUUUACAGAGCUGGAUGAGAAAUUUGCUGCUGAUAUUAUGACACUUUGGUCUAAUUUUGCUAAAACAGGCAAACCGGACACACUAUGGCCUCAAUUAUUGGAUAAUAAUGUGAUUUCAGUCCGUGAUUUGAAUCCACGGAAUAUGAGUCGACGGGUACAAAUUCUGACCAAAAUUUACACAAAACAUAAUCACCUAGGUGUUAAGGACAUUCAGUACAUUAUG